AUGAUUCAGACAGUUGACAUUCAGUGCCCCUUUCUGGUGAAUAGAGUUUGCUCAGCUCCCCUGGAUUUCUCAGGAAUUGGGAAUGGGACCCAUGAAGCAGAUGACAUGAUAGCUAAAGAAAGACGCUGGAACCAAUUAUUCAUCAGCUAUCCCAGUGGAUCAGUUCCAGCUACAAGCAGCCACAUACGCAGAACAGGGGCACCCUCCCGUGAUGUCCUUCUGGUCUCAGCCAUCAUCACCAUCAGCCUUAGUGUCACUAUUGUCCUGUGUGGGAUCUGCCAGUGGUGUCAGCGCAAACUGGGCAAACGGUACAAAAACUCCUUGGAGACAGUGGGAACGCCAGAUUCCAGCCGAGGCCGCAGCGAAAAGAAGGCCAUUAAUGAUCUAGACAGAGACUUUUGGAAUAACAAUGACAACACAGUGCAGCAGAAAUGGAGCUCCUAUCCUCCAAAGGAGUUUAUACUAAACAUAUCACCUUACGCCCCAUAUGGUGAUCCACGACUUUCCCUCAACGGCUCAUUGCUCUCAGGUGCAAAAUUGGCUGCUUCGGCCACAUCGGGGUUGGCAGGGGAGCGAAAUGGACGCCAUGGGGAGAGGCCACAGCUCCGAGAGGACGGCAUGAAGAGCAGCGUGUCUGCCCACAGCGAGCCCAGCAUUGGGAAGGCGGGGAGAGGUCGAUGGCAAACGGUGCAGAGCCACCUAGCAGCAGGGAAGCUCAGCCUAUCCAAUUUUGAGGAUCCCACCAUGUCCACAGCCACUACCCUUGAGUAUAUCCCCACCUCAGCAGGAGACCCGAAAUGCCAGCGCCCACGCACCCUCUUGCGCCAGCAGAGUCUCCAACAGCCACUCAGCCAGCACCAGAAACCCAACCACAGCCAGCCCACCACCAGCCAGAGCCUGGGGCACCUGCAGUCCCACACCAGCUCCACCACCACCACCGGCAGCAACCCCCGGGGCUGUCGGAGUGGACAGUCACGGCAAGGGACUUCUGCUAGCUCCAAGCAAAGGACAGCCGGUGGCCGUAGCCGUUCCAACCCUGGGAGCUGGGACCAUAUGGUGGGGCAGAUUCGGAACCGAGGCUUGGAUAUGAAGUCUUUCCUGGAAGGCCGUAUGGUGGUGCUAUCCCUUGUUUUGGGGCUCUCAGAACAGGACGACUUUGCCAAUAUACCUGAUCUACAAACCACUGGGAACCAGCAGAACCAGAACUCUCAGGGGGACAAGAGGUUACCAUCCGGUGGCAAAGCGGUGAAUACAGCAGCUGUGCCAGGGCAGACACAACACGAGGAGGCUGACCACAAAACAGAACCUCGCUCAUCUGUCUCAGAUCUUGUAAACUCCCUGACCAGUGAGAUGCUAAUGCUCUCCCCUGGGUCUGAGGAUGAUGAGGGACAUGAUAGCUCCAGCCGAGAGAACCUAGGCCGAAUCCAGUUUAGUGUUGGCUACAAUUUCCAAGAAUCCACCUUGACUGUCAAAAUAUUGAAAGCUCAGGAGCUGCCUGCUAAGGAUUUCAGUGGCACAAGUGACCCUUUUGUCAAAAUUUACCUCCUGCCAGAUAAAAAACAUAAAUUGGAGACAAAAGUGAAAAGGAAGAACUUAAACCCACACUGGAAUGAGACUUUUCUCUUUGAAGGUUUCCCCUAUGAGAAGGUGGUUCAGCGGGUCCUCUACCUCCAGGUUCUGGAUUACGAUCGUUUCAGUCGUAAUGACCCCAUUGGGGAAGUAUCUAUUCCCCUCAACAAGGUGGACCUGACCCAGAUGCAAACAUUCUGGAAAGACCUAAAGCCCUGCAGUGACGGGAGUGGAAGCCGAGGAGAGCUGCUCCUGUCCCUUUGUUACAACCCUUCUGCUAACUCCAUUGUUGUGAAUAUUAUCAAAGCUCGGAAUCUUAAAGCCAUGGACAUUGGGGGCACAUCAGACCCCUAUGUGAAGGUGUGGCUGAUGUACAAAGAUAAGCGGGUGGAAAAGAAGAAGACAGUAGUGAUGAAGAGGUGCCUGAACCCUGUCUUCAAUGAGUCCUUCAUCUUUGACAUUCCCACAGAGAAGCUGAGGGAGACAACCAUUGUCAUCACUGUCAUGGAUAAGGACAAGCUCAGCCGGAAUGAUGUCAUUGGGAAGAUCUACCUGUCAUGGAAGAGUGGCCCUGGUGAAGUGAAGCACUGGAAGGAUAUGAUUGCACACCCCCGGCAGGCCGUGGCACAGUGGCACCAGCUGAAGGCUUGAAAGGCAGACAUUGAGGACUUGCUCUGGGUUUCAGUAGACCAAGUCAACAUUUAUUGGCCACACUCUCACUACUUUAUGCACAACAGUUGCACCCUCUGGGGUGGAAGAAAAGCUUUGGAAUGACCACAGGCUAAAAAAAGGGGAGUGAACCUGAAACAUGUACUCAAAACUCUGGAAAAGUGAUGUUGGUGUCCAGCGUGCUGGUUCAGCACCCUCACGAGCAUUGUUACCACCUAACCUCCAACUUUAGCCUUUCCUUAAGACUCCUUAUGUAGAAAGAACAAGAGGGAGAAAAAGAGCAAGAGAGAGAGCAAGAGACCAGAGCUGACUGGCCCUCCAGCUGAAAGUGGCCUCACUGGCACUGAUUUGUUUGGGUUCACAGUGUAGAGCUGGCACUGGCAUGAUGGGAAGAGAGGGGUCUGCAACCGCCAUACAAGACUUUCUAUGAGUUCUUCCAGCCAAAGGCCCCUUGGGACGGCACGCAUGACUCUGUGCGAGAAUGCUAGCCUGCACUGGUGGCUGCACACAGGCCUGAGGGGGGAGGGCAAGGAGAUCACUUGCUUUGUUUCCAUGAGGUUGUUUCGUUAUAUAAUUCAAUAAAACUUAUUAAGAGUAAUAAUAUAAAUAAUCCUGCUGGCUAGACCUUUGUUCUAGCCAGGCCUCUCAGCAAAGGGGAGAAGAGCCGUGGUGGUCCCCAGCCUCCCUGGGUGUAUUUUGUGUGUGUGUGUGUAUAUAUAUGUGUGUGCGCUGUAACUUUGCGUGCAGGGCAUUUGUGUGUCACGUUUUCUUUGAGCCCUAGAGAAAUUGUUUCUCUGUGGGGCUUUGAUUGACAGCCCAGCAGGAAUGGAUGGAGAGAUUACUCCAUGUGGAAUAAAGAGGAGCAUGUAGGAUAAAGUGGAGGAGCCAAGAAUUAAGAGCUUUGGAUCAGAAGGCAGAGAGAACAAAGCGAGGCGAAAAAGGCCAUUUCCUCCUGCAUGCUUUGUGAUACAUAGGUCUACAGCAAUAGGGAGCAGCAACAGCAGGAGGAGGGGAAACCUAAGCAUUUCUGUGACAGAGCAGGAGAGACAUGCUGGACACCCUGCAAUAUUCUAGGGUUGCAUAAUGUAAGGUGACUGCUGUUAAUGUCUUGUUAGAGAUGGGCCUAACUUACCCGUUUAUUAUUAUUUCUUUAUUGCAUUUCAUGGAUGCCGCCUUCUUAAAAAGCUAAAAAAGGACAUCUUACAAUUGAAAUAUACAAAUGUUUUUAAUAUAUAUGAUACAGCAAUACUCCCUCACCAAACUAAUAAUAGGGAUUGUCUACUGACACAGAGCUGGUGUUUAGGUUAGACAGCCACAUGCCAUCAGAUGCUCAGGAAUAGAUAUACUGUAUGUCUGGACCUGGUGCCAAAAAGAGAAUAACAUCUGGACCAGAUGGGCCUCACUGGGGAGAGCUUUACAUUGGGAGGAAACACAUUCUGAAUGCCACCUCCUUUGCCACCACCCUCCAAGUCUCUCUUGGAGCAGAUAUUUGGAGGAAAGCCUCAGCUAUUGAUCUCAGGAUUUGGACAGGUUCAUGGCAAAAGAGGUAUACAAUCAAGUUUUGGGGUCUUACACUGUAUAAGGCUUAAUAGAUUAACAAACCAGCAUUUUCAGUUUGGCACCAAAACAUAUCAGCACUCAGUGUAUCCAGACUAAAAUGAGACCUUCUGGUCCCCGUGUUUGACCUGGCUGCUGCACAGUAUCCUGCCUGCUUUUUCCUAAUUAUCAAAAACAGCAGCCCUUAAUGUAACCUAAGUCUACAUAUACUUUGACAAUACUGUAUACUACCAAGUGUUGCUACCAUUCUACCAGUCAUAAGCACCCAAUCCAUUCCAAUCUGUACUGGCACAAAUGUGAGGUCAUUGCUUUAUUCCAGGGCUUAUCUUGACCCCAUCUUACUAUCUCUGACAUACUCUAAACAUAUUUUCCCUUCAAGUGGAGAACAAGGAUUAGUAUACACAACUUUUAAUGUAGCCAAGUCAACAUGACUUUUUCAAUAAUGCAGGGACUGUGAUGGGUGCUCAGAACACCAGAGGUGUGGUUUUGUUUUUUAAUUUAUUCAUUUAUUUAUUUUGUAUUUUUAAGGUACAAUAUCAAAAGUAACCACAAGAAACAUAGACUGUUCCCUUAUAUUUUUCUGGCAAGCUACCAGUAGCAACCUUGCUAAGAACACACCAUGCAGUGAGCUACUUUUUGCAGAAGGAGCAAAGACAACCCUAAUAACGACCCGUCUGCUGCCACUGGCAGUGCCUUUUGGGUGUGGGGGUGUGGGGGGGGAAGCAUUCCAAGUUCUCAAGAAAAAUGAUUCAUCAAAUCUAUUUGCCAUGUUCAAGGAUCAGGAAAUGAUGCCUAGCUAGAUAUCCAAAGCAGCUUUGUGACAGGAGGUGGCAUCUCCAUGCUGAAACAUUUUGCAUCAGCCACUCAGUAGAGCUAAAUUCACGUAAAAUACAGAUUGUUUCGGCUUCAGUAUGUCAUACUUGGUUGAGUGAUUCAGUCCUCAGGUGGCAUUUGCAAGUCAAUACUGCACAGAUUGAAUCAUGGGGGUGCUUCCAAGGAAAUAUUUUGUUAUGCAAUCAUCCUGCCCCAUUCACAUAAUUUAUUGGGAGAGUGAGAUAGCAGUACUGUAUAUUCCAUUUAUAACUCACUUGUUUUUCUUCCCUUACAAUUUUUUCCAACUCUAUUCUUACCACAGGGCAUCUGGCAAGGAGGAAAAGAUGUAAUAUCCGUCCAGUGCUUUUUGAUUGGCGUCAUUAGGAGCCACUCAUCUGAAAGCACCCAUAGACCUGAAAGGGAUCUCAAAGGCCACUCUAUGCCACCUGUUGCUUAGACAGGAAGGGCGUUGCAACAUCCUUAACAAAAGAUAACCCUCGUUCUGUCUGAAAACCUCCCAUAACUCCACAAGCUACAUAAUUUUCCAGACAUCUGAAGACAGUGAUCCUGUGGGCACUUAAACGUAUCUUCUCCAAUAAAUAUACCCGACACCUUUUUAUCACAGAACUUGGUCUCCAGAACUCUUAUCAUUUUUGCCUCUUUAACGGUCACUCCUUUAUAGCCCUACUACAGCCGAGCAGUCAGCCCUUUCUGAAAGAUUCAGUGCCACCACUGAUGGCAUGAGGCAGCUGCCUCAGAUAUGAGGGAGCAGCGGAAACCAGUUGGAGGUCAAUGUGAUGUGCACUUGGUUGUGUGCUUUGUGUCCUCCCCUUAAGUUAACCUGCUACACUCAAGUGCGUUCAUCACAUUGCACCGUCCAUCCCCUGUGUUAACUAACCUAAUGCCAGUUCAGGCGGGUGUUGCUUGUGGUAUAGAAAAGAGCACAAGCUUGGACAUUCCUUUAGGAAAAUGUUUUUUUCCAAGAAAGCGGGGCGGGGGGGGGUCC